AUGCUGGCGCCCGUGGCGCGGGGCACUGGGGCCCUUUUGCUGAGGGGCUUUCUACAGGCUUCGGGCCGCGUUCCGCGCUGCGCCUCCUCUGGGUUGCCCCGAAACAUCGUGGUACUGUUUGUGCUGCAGCAGGAGGCCUGGGUGGUGGAGCGAAUGGGCCGAUUCCAUCGGAUCCUGGAGCACAAUGUAACUCUGCAAAUCGAUGGAGUCCUUUACCUGAGCAUCAUGGACCCUUACAAGGCAAGCUAUGGUGUGGAGGACCCCGAGUAUGCUGUCACCCAGCUACCUCAGACAACCAUGAGAUCAACAGAGCUCAGCAAACUCUCUCUGGACAAAGUCUUCCGGGAACGGGAGUCCCUGAAUGCGAGCAUUGUGGAUGCCAUCAACCAGGCUGCUGACUGCUGGGGUAUCCAGUGCCUUCGUUACGAGAUCAGGGAUAUCCAUGUGCCAUCCCAGGUGAAGUCUAUGCAGAUGCAGGUGGAGGCAGAACGGCGGAAAGGGGCCACAGUUCUAGAGUCUGAGGGGCCCCGAGAGUCGGCCAUCAACAUGGCAGAGGGGAAGAAACAGGCCCAGAUCCUGGCCUCUGAAGCAGAAAAGCCUGAACAGAUAAAUCAAGCAGCAGGAGAAGCCAGUGCAGUUCCCGCCAAGGCCAAGGCGAGGGCUAAAGCUGAAGCUAUUCGAAUCCUGGCUGCAGCUCUGACACAACAUAAUGGAGAUGCAGCAGCUUCACUGACUGUGGCGGAGCAGUAUGUCAGCGCAUUCUCCAAACUCGCCAAGGACUCCAACACUAUCCUGCUGCCCUCCAAUCCUGGUGAUGUCCCCAGCAUGGUGGCUCAGGCCAUGGGUGUAUAUGGAGCCCUCACCAAAGCCCCAGCACCAGGGGCUCCACACUCGGUCUCCAGCGGGAGUAGCAGAGAUGUCCAGAGUACAGAUGCGAGUCUUGAUGAGGAACUUGAAGGAAUCAAGUUGAGUUAGUGGAGCUGGGAUUGGUCAGGGAGUCUGGGGACAAGGAAGCAACAUUUCCUGAUUCUGGCUCCAGCUUCCCUGACAAGAUUUUGGUUUUUAUUUUUUUUAUUUGAACUUUAGUCAUGUAAUAAACUCACCAGUGGCAAA